GUGCUCCACUUGAGAUUGGGAUCGAGGUCAUCCUGGCCAGUUUUGACAGCAUAUCGGAAGUGGAUAUGGACUACACCAUCACGAUGUACUUGAACCAAUACUGGCGGGACGAGAGGCUGCAGUUCAUCAACAACGACUCCUUGGCCAGUAUGGGCAACAGCAUCACCACGAUGACUUUGACUGGGGCCUUCGCCGAGAAGAUUUGGGUCCCCGACACCUUUUUAGCCAACGACAAGAAUUCCUUUUUGCACGAUAUCACAGAGAAGAACAAAAUGGUGCGGCUGUAUGGUAAUGGAUCACUCGUGUAUGGAAUGAGGUUCACAACCACCCUGGCAUGUAUGAUGGACCUACAUAACUACCCACUCGACCACCAGGAGUGUACGGUGGAGAUCGAAAGCUACGGCUACACAAUGGAUGACAUCGUCUUGUACUGGCUCAAUGACCGGGGCGCGGUCACAGGGGUCGAGGACGUGUCCUUGCCCCAGUUCUCCAUUUCCGACUACGACACCAUCAACAAGAUUGAAGAGUUGCUUACAGGCGACUAUCAGAGACUGUCUUUGAUCUUUCAACUGCAAAGGAACAUCGGUUACUUCAUCUUUCAGACGUACCUGCCCUCGAUUUUAAUUGUCAUGCUUUCCUGGGUCUCUUUUUGGAUUAACCACGAGGCCACAUCUGCACGAGUUGCCUUAGGUAUAACCACAGUAUUAACGAUGACCACAAUCAGUAACGGGGUGAGAUCAUCGCUGCCGCGGAUAUCAUACGUCAAGGCCAUUGACAUCUAUCUGGUGAUGUGCUUUGUCUUCGUCUUUGCCGCCCUCUUGGAGUACGCCGCUGUCAACUACACGUACUGGAAUGCCCGAGCCAAGAGGAAGGCCAAGCGGCUGCGAGAGAGGGCCAGCGUUAGAAAGCGGACCGGUGAUGGUGACCCGCUG